CGUUAUCUUCUAAGCGCUUCUCUCGCCUUUGCAAAAAAAAAAAAAAUGAUUGCCACAGGAUUCAACUCCACUACCUUAUACAGGUAGAGGUUCAGGGACCAGCUUUCGUUUAUCUAGAGCCGUUUCUCAUUCGACACGCAUGAAAAAGUGCUGGAAAGUUCUCUCCUUCGCGAACGAAAGUCAUCGUUCCCAGCGCUGCGGCGCGUUCAAGGUACAUCGGAAACAGCAGCAUCCCUAAAAAACAUCACCUUAACAAAAACUAACAAAAUAACGGCCUUAAAAAGUUUGGGUUGCACGUGUUUCAAUUGUGAAUGUAUUAUGUUGCGCGCUUGUUUUGGUGAAUGAGUUCAUCUUGAAAUCGCGUACAAAGCCACCCCGAAUACAAAAAGUGAUUUGGCGCCAUCUUGGAGCUUGAAAAAACAAGUCGAAGAAAUGUAUGGUCAAGUCGUUGUCUUCCUCUGUUCUUUUAUGUAGCUUGUGAUGUGCCAUUGUUCAUGUGUUAGCGCACGUUUUCAAACUGAGGAGGGUGUCAGGUGACAAUCACCGCCGCCGCUACAAAUAGCACGGUGACGUGCGCUCAGACACAAACACACACAGAGUGAGAUCGCAGGUCGAAGAGCAGCAAAACGUCAGAGUUACACUUUUGGGUCCUGGCAAGAUGAAGUGCGGGGCGGUCGCUCCGUGUGACGUGUCGUCGUUGCUCAGCGUUUGGGAAUCGCGAGUCAGGAAGCAUCGACAACAUCAGAAGAAAGAGCAGGAAAGAAAGGAGAGGAGCGCCCUCCACAAGAUCGAACAACAGUGGCACGAUCGCUUCUACUCCAGGAAGCCCAACACGCAACAACGCAACCUGCUCAACGGCCACCAGCACAGGUCCCCACAAAACACACAAUCAGGUGAGCCGCCUGCUGCUGAAGGUCCACCAGAGAACGUUUUGGUGGAUGCCGACACCGAUGCGUUGUCCUUCCGUCUGUCCGGUGAGCAUUGGAAGGAUUUCCCGAAGGAUCUGGAGUGGAAGACGUUUUUGCUGGAGUGGCACGUAAGCGGCACCAAAAUCCAGAAGCUUCCAGAUUUCUUGGCGUCCUUCAGCUUGCUGAGAGUUUUGGAGGUGGCCAAGAACAAACUGGACCAGCUGCCCCCCGACAUCGGAAAACUUGUCCAGUUGCGCCAACUCAACGUCAGCUACAACCGCCUGUCCUGCGUUCCCCCCCAGCUUGGGAUGUGCCACAAUCUGGAACGACUGGAACUGGCCGGAAACCGCGACCUCUCUGAGCUGCCUUUCGAGCUGAGCUCUCUGAAACGUCUGACACACCUGGACAUAGCGGAGAACGGCUUUGCAUCAAUACCCGUGUGCGCCCUCAGGAUGAGCGCUCUGCAGCUCCUCGACCUCAGCGACAACCGACUCAGCGACCUGCCGCAGGACAUGGACAGGCUGACGGAGCUGGCGACCUUGUUCGUGCACAACAACAAUCUUUCGUAUCUUCCUGACUGCCUCACCAACAUCGCCACGCUCAAACUGAUCGUCGUCAGCGGCGACCCGCUCGUUUGUGUACCCACGCAACUCUGCAGCAACCCGAACAUCAAGUUCAUUCGCCUGUACGACAGUCCGGCCAGUGGCAAGAAGGAAAAGAGGACGGAUGUGAUGAAAACGACAAGCCAAGGACAGGACGAAAAAGACGAGACAAAGGACGGCAGGGAGAAAGAAUUCAUGGACGUUUACGUCAGCACGCUCAAGGACAGAGAGAACAUGCCCUUCUCCACCACCAAGGUGACCAUUUCCUGUCUGCUGUGACCCCGCCCACUGGGAAGCGCCACCGCGAAUAUGCUCAUGCUAACCCGGAAUCUGAUUGGUGGUCAUCCAUCAUCCUGAAGACAUCACUGUGGUUUGAUCAUUUUUAUUCUUGGGAGUCAGAAUCUCUUCUUCAUUAAUUUCCUUUAUUUUGGAAACCAAAAGAUUUUUGGGGGGCGGGGUUUGUUCAGUAACUGGGAAAACUCAUUCCCGAAUGUGAUUUCCAAAGCUUGCUGCCGAAAAUGUCAUAUUUGGAAAUGAGGGCUGCUAGUAAAAAAAAAAAAAA